CUGUGGCCUCUGCUCUGUGAUGCGAACAGAGCACAGAGGGUUCAGAGCUUGGAGCCGGGGGCGCAAAUCCACACUCGGUGGGUUCAGAAGCAGCGUCAUGAGUUGUGCCGCAGUCACCACAUAGGGGUGCAGUGCUGGCUCCUGGAUGGUCCCCAGAGGCCCGCUCUGCCAGAGUGCUUGUGCCACUUCCCCUCUCUGGGGACCUGCCUGGCCCUGCUCUCAGGAGGUAAGGCGUAUCUGCUCCAUGGGAGACUUCCCAAGCACGCUCUGUUCUUCCACAGGCCCAAGAGCCGAGAAGAUGCAGCUCGCUGUCCGCCUGCUCCUGCUCUUGGCUACACUGCUCGCCCUUUCUCGGGGUCAGCCGCACCCCGAGCACCCUGAAAGCAGUGGUACCAACAGCUCCCAUGAGAAGGUUCCGGGCACAGGGGAUGGCUCCACCCACCCCAGCAUCGUCGCCAGCAACACAGGCUUUGCCUUACGCUUCUACCAACUGAUGGCCGCCGAGUUUCCAGGCAAGAAUAUUUUCUUCUCCCCGCUGAGCAUCUCCACUUCCCUGGUCAUGCUGGCUCUGGGCGCCCAGGCACAGACCCAGAGGCAGAUCUUCCAGGGCCUGGGCCUCAACCUCACGGAGAUGCCUGAGGCUGAGAUCCACUCUAGCUUCCAGCAUCUGAUGAACACAGUUAACCUGGCCAAGGAGAAGAUGGAGGCACACGUGGGCAAUGCCCUGUUCCUGCAGGAGAGGAUGAGCCUCCUUCCAAAGUUUCAGAACGACACCAGGGCCUUCUACCAGGCCCAACUCUUCCUCACCAACUUCCAGGACUCCGUGGGCGCGACUCAGCUCAUCAACGAGCACGUCAAGAAGGAAACCCGGGGCAUGAUUUCAGACUUGGUCAGCGAGCUCAGCACAGACACCGUAAUGGUGCUAGUGAAUUUCAUCUACUUUAAAGCGCUGUGGGAGAAACCGUUCCCCGCAUACAGGACCAGACCCCAGGACUUCUAUGUGGACGAGCAGACCACCGUCACGGUGCCCAUGAUGGUCCAGAGUGAGCACCACCACUGGUACCUUCACGACCGGCAUCUGCCCUGCUCGGUGCUGCGGAUGGACUAUGAAGGGGACGCCUCGGCCUUCUUCAUUCUCCCCGACUUCGGGGCAAUGCAGCUGGUGGAAGAAGCUCUGACCCCAGAGUUGCUCGCGCGGUGGAACAACUUGCUCAGCAAAAGGGGUUAUUUCUACAAGAAGGUAGAGUUGCGGCUCCCCAAGUUUUCCAUUUCUGGCUCCUAUGAGCUGGAUCAGCUUUUGCCCAAGCUGGGCUUCACCGACCUCUUCUCAGAGAGAGCCAACUUCUCCGGCAUCACCAACAUGCUGAACCUCAAGAUGUCCAAAAGUUUCCACAAGGCCACCCUGGACGUGGAUGAGGUCGGCACGAAGGCGGCGGCAGGCUCAGCAGGCUCGUUCGCCCUGAAAAGCGCCCCCAUGAAACCGCUUGUCCUGAGCUUCAACCGGCCCUUCCUCUUGGUCGUUUUCCUUGACACAACCCAGGACAUCCUCUUUUGGGGCAGAGUGGCCAACCCCACGGAACCAUAGCCCCCCACGGCCCGAGACUGGCUGCGCUGCUCCCAGGAGGAGGCCGAGCAGGGCGGUGCUGGAGGGAGAGAGAGGCCCGUGUGGAUGACAAGAAGACCUGGGCGGAAACCCAGCUCCGCAGGGCGAGUCCCUCGGCAGAGCCUCGCAGCUCUGGUGGCGUGUGCCCACCCCUGGCUGUGCAGAAUAAAUGGAAGGGUGUGGCA